GCACUUACUCCAACAGCAGCCUGUUGCCUUAUUGCGAGAUGUGCGAGUUCCCACGCUCUUCUUCUGGCAACAGCUCAGAGCCACCCAGGCCUCAGCAACCUCCCUCAUCCGAGCGGGACCAGGCAUGCGUUGUCCUCUCCAGCUCCGACAGCGAGCCGGAGCUCAGCCGGGGAAAAGCCCAGCCUCCUAAAUCGCACAAAGACAAACAGAGCGAGGAGGAGGAGGAGAGGGAGGAGGAUGAGCUUCCGAAAGACAAACAGAAGCUAGGAGAAGCAGAGGAGGAGGACAAGCGGCAGCUCAAAGGCAAACAAUCAGCGGGAGAGCGAGGCGACAUCGUCGCUGGCGGUGGCGGCUGCCUCCACCCUGACCACACACAGGACCGGAGUGCAGCUUUGUGUCUGCAUGCUGAUGCUAAUGACGAUGAUGAGGGCAAUGAUGGAGAUGACGCCAGCACCGGCCAUGCCGUCUACCCGGGCCUGCAGUUCUGCGCCAGCCAGUACACAGACCGCAUAUAUCUUUACUCCAAGGUACCGCCGCCUGUGUGAGCGUUUGAUUGUGCAUAUUGGAUCACGGUUAGACUCAGCUCAUAAGGGGACCAGAGAUGUUUUACUAAUGAUUUUUUCCCCUGCUUCUUCUAAUAGCGGCUGCAGGAGCACUGAAUGGUGUUAUCC